AUGCGGAACUCCAGUCCGUGUUUACCGGAAGCGCUCGAGUGUAAACAAACUCAACGUUCAUAACGAGGAGACGCGCUUCUUCCUCAGAGUUAUGGAGAGUUAUGAAGACUUCAUACAGAGAUGUUAUAACAGUAAUAAUGCUGAUGAUGCUGAAGAUGAGCCACACACACCUGUUACUUCUUCAUCUCUGAUCGUGUUUCAUGGAGCUUCUAUUCUUCCUCCUGUGCUGAAUGAGCAGCAGAGAGUCGAGAUGAGGACACUGAGAGACACAGCAGUCAGUCUGAUGACGAUGAAGAGGAGGAUGAGGAGAGAGGAGGAGUCUCAGACCAGUUUUGCAGACGUGAGCAUCAGCGACGCUGAACAGCACACCACCAUCACAGACAGUGACAUCAUCAUCUCGGCCCCGCCCACUCUGCUCACAUGUCACCCUCUGACGUCAACAGCUCAUGAUGACCGAUCAGCCAAUCACCUGCGAGCUUCUCCAGAGGCCCAAUCACUGGACAGCACCCAGAUCACGGUCUUGUUUGAGGGCGUCGGUCACAAGAACGACAGGUCACAUGAUGCGCUUGACAUCCAGACGGCGAUGAUGUCAUCAGGGUACGUAACCAAUGACAACACAGACCUCAGCUUGAUGGAAGCAGCCGCCGUCCGCUCAGGAAGUGAUAUCAUCAGCCACGCUCCAGUAGAUGGAGCAAUCCUAGAAGCCGAAGCUGUUGAGGUUUCACCGCUAAAAAUGGCCGAAGACGUUACAGACUCUGAUGAAGGGCCGUAUCGCAUGAGUCUUCAAAACCUCCUGAAGAAAUCCCAAGAGUACCGGCGGCGGCAGCGUCUACUGCGCACGCAAGCUAAAGCGCUAAUGCCGGCUGUAGACGAGCACAGCCUGUCGGACAAAGAGAACGAGGAGCUUCCCAAACACAUCUGGAAGACGGAGCUCAGGAAAGCCAGAGAGAAGAAGAAGGAGAAAGCAGAUCUUAUAAACACCGACGUCUUAAAUCAAACCAACACACACACCGCUAAUCAUGAAGACAUCAGCGCUGUGUUUACUGCACUUCCUGUUUCAGCUAGAGCUCUGUAUGCCUCUAAAGUAAAGCCGGUCAGUGCGUCCAGAUCACAUUUAACAGUGGAUCAUAAAUAUGCAAAUAUCCCCACGCCGCAGUUCUGCUUGAGUCCGGUGCGCUGUAAGAAAGGAGGCGGGGCUUCUGCUCACGCUCAGAAAGCUUUGAGCAGAUCUGAUCUGAGAACAGUGACUGAUGGAGGAUUAGUGCAGACACAGCAGAUCGCUCAGCUGGAGCUCAACCUGUCCAGCCUCAAAACACUGAUCUCAGACCUGGAGUCCACACUCACGCUCUCACACGCCGACCAAUCAGUGAGUCCGGGUGAUAACUGCGUGAAACGAAACGUCACAUUCGGUGGGGCAGUUCAGCAGGAGGUCAUCGCAAAGGAUUGUGGGAUUGAGAAGCAGACCUCGUUUGUGGGCGUCCUCACCGAUAACAGUAAUCACUCUGAUAGAAUACAGGCUGAUGGUGAAGGGAGCUCUCUGAUUGGCUCAUCUUAUGAUGUCGACGCCCCCUCCAGCCUGUGGAGUCAGCUGACUCCUGAAGUUGGAGGUCAUGAGGGCGUCUCCCGGGUCAAGCGGAGGCUGCUGAUGAAUGAGGAGACGCACUGCAGCCCGACCACAGCAGUUGUGCAGUCGUCUGUGCAGACGCAGGAGGAUCCCGUCACAUUUCUGAUGGAGGAAGAGCGCAGACAACAGCAGGAACUACUGCAGCCUGAAAGGCCACUUGUGUGA